AUGAAGCGCGGAGGAGUUUGGGAUGUAAUUACGUGUCUCGCCGCCGUAUUAGUGUUCCUGCAGUGCUCCUUCUCGGCCGCUGGAUUGGUUACUUGUUCUGGAAUUGUGCCGAUGGCAUACCGGAGCGAUAAGAUCUCAAUAACUGAUUUUGGUGCUGUCGGAGAUGGUAAAACGCUGAAUACGAAAGCGUUCAGGGAGGCGAUUUACCGGAUUGAGCAUUUGAAGAGGAGAGGAGGGACGCUUCUUUACAUUCCUCCUGGUGUUUAUCUAACAGAGAGCUUCAAUCUUACUAGUCGAAUGACUCUGUAUCUAGCUAAAGGCGCUGUUAUCCAAGCUACACAGGACACAACUAACUGGCCUCUUAUUGCUCCAUUGCCUUCUUAUGGAAGAGGAAGAGAACGUCCAGGUGGAAGGUACAUGAGCUUCAUCCAUGGAGAUGGUCUCCAUGAUGUCAUUAUUACUGGUGAGAAUGGGACAAUAGAUGGUCAAGGUGAUGUGUGGUGGAACAUGUGGAGACAGAGAACCUUGCAGUUCACUAGACCAAAUCUUGUUGAGUUCAAGGAUUCUAGAAGCAUCAUUAUUUCUAAUGUCAUCUUCAAGAAUUCACCUUUCUGGAACAUUCAUCCUGUAUACUGCAGUAAUGUUGUUAUCCGAUAUGUUACAAUAUUGGCUCCACCUGACUCUCCCAACACCGAUGGAAUUGAUCCAGAUUCAAGCUCCCAUGUAUGCAUAGAAGACUCCUACAUUUCAACAGGAGAUGACCUGGUGGCAGUAAAAAGCGGGUGGGACGAAUACGGAAUUGCAUAUGGCCGUCCAAGUAACGACAUAACAAUCCGGCGACUCACCGGUUCAUCUCCGUUCGCCGGAAUCGCAGUCGGAAGCGAAACUUCCGGCGGAGUAACUAACGUGUUCGCAGAACACAUAACCCUUUACAACACCGGAAUCGGCAUCCAUCUAAAGACAAACAUCGGUCGUGGCGGAAUCAUAAGAAACAUAACCGUUUCCAAUGUUUUCAUGGAUAAAGUCCGGAAAGGAAUCAAGAUUGCCGGUGAUGUCGGCGAUCAUCCUGACGAAAACUAUAACCCGAAUGCGUUACCGGUUAUGAAACAUGUCCGGAUUAAGAAUGUUUGGGGUGAAAAUGUCCAGCAGCCGGGGUUAAUCCAGGGUUUAAAGAACUCACCUUUUACAGAUAUUUGUCUGUCUAAUAUUAAUCUGUUUGGGUCAAGUGGGGCCAGAAAUGUUCCUUGGAAGUGUGCCGAUGUUAGUGGUGGUGCGGUGCAAGUUAGCCCAUCACCGUGUUCGGAGCUCGUUAGCAGUCGUCAGACAGAUUACUAG